AUGAGAUACUCUGCUCACGUCACACAGGUCGUGCUUCUGCUCGCUGCUGCCAUCGUGGUCAUGCCGCAAUCUCUUCCGGUGCUGACACCGCGCCAACUGGCUGUCAAUCAACUGGUCAAUGCUUCUCGAAUCCUGGCACAACAAGGCAUCGCCGACGAUUCAGCUGGUCACAUUUCGAUCCGCGACCCUCUGUCGCCCAACACUGCAUUCCUGAUCACCACUGACAGCCGUACUGCCGCACAGGUGACUCCUGCCGACAUCGCCGUGGUUAGAAUCAAUGACUCGGUCGUCACCUCGGCGGCGCUCAGCGGCUAUCCCAUACCAAAUCGCCCUGCCGAGGUCUUUAUUCAUUCUUCCAUCUACCAGAGAUUCCCCAACAGCACCGUCAACAGCAUCGCUUUCUACCAGACCGAACAACUUCUACCUUGGGCGAUGUUUCGGGCUAACCGCGCAAAUGGCACCUCUGCUGGUGCAACGGCGUCGGACAUGACGAGCUUGUACUCGGCUACUUCAGGAUCCGCUUUCAUGGGCGCUCAUCCUGCUCCGAUCUUCGACGCCUUGGAUGCUGACCCCAACACUUUGUCUCUGGCUGUGGACAAUGUGAUCAAGGGAUUUGGUCUAGCGCAGAAGUUUGGACCUGCGAGCGCUACCGUGGAUACUAUCAAUCAGACCGACGGAUUCCGACCUCUGGUGCUCAUGCGUAAUCAUGGCGCUACCGUGGUGGGUACAAGCGUACCAGAAACAGUCUUCCGUUUCAUUCAAGCUGCUAAAAGUGCCAGGGUUCAGUUCCACGCCGCGGCCCUGACAUUGGGCAACGGAUCGACCCCGCUUUUCGUUCCCAGUACGGUUACAAAGACUACGGACGCCUAUCUGCGCAGCUGGCUACUUUGGAUGACGCAGAUUGAGACUGCGAUCCGUGACGAUUCAGCUCGCAGUCCAGAUUUGUGGAAGGGUGACGGUGAUUCUGGAUCUGGAUCUGGAUCUGGAUCCGGUUCCGGCACAGGUACGAGCUCGCGCACGAACUCGGCAAGUGAGAGCAAGAACAUUGCGGCUUCUUCGCGAUUCUUGGCUUACGUCGUUCCGAUACUUUGCCUACUCAUUGCUCACAUGUUUGCAUUGCUGAUCUAG